AAACUAUGCAAUGGAACAAGAGAGGCAUUUCUACAUAACUUUCUUCUUUCACUACAUAUCUUUCCCAUCCCAAUAUUUAUUGUUUAUUCUCUCUUUCUAGUCUGCUCAGCCUUCUAAAUAUUUGCUAGGAUUGCCAGAUGUGUAUAACAUUUUCACUGGCAUCAAAACAUUGCAUUGGAGCCAGCAAUGGAAACUUACAGUCUCGAAAAUCCAUGUCUACAACAGCAAGAGAAGAAGUGAUCACAGCUCCAAAAAUACCAAUCACCCUCCCUGGAUUGACAAAGCAUGGCAUUCCCCACACCAAUUUACAAGUACAAGAAAUUGUCAGAAGGCAAUCUUGGCCAAACAACUUAGCGAAGGAAGGCAAUUGUAGAAAACCGCGGUUCCAUCCUACUUUCCUCGAAGAAGCUUACAACAAGUGCAGGAACAUUUGUGCAGAAUAUGCCAAGACUUUCUAUCUAGGCACCUUGUUGAUGACAGAGGAGAGGCAGAAAGCCAUAUGGGCAAUUUAUGUUUGGUGCAGGAGGACUGAUGAACUGGUUGACGGGCCAAAUGCAGAUUACAUGAGUUCUGCUGUUCUUGAAAGGUGGGAAGAGAGACUGCAGGAUAUCUUUGAUGGACGCCCCUAUGAUAUGUUCGAUGCUGCACUCUCCGACACUGUUUUCAACUUCCCCUUGGACAUCAAGCCUUUCAGGGACAUGAUUGAGGGCAUGAGAAUGGAUACAAGAAAAUCGCGAUAUAAAAAUUUUCAAGAGCUUUAUCUUUACUGCUACUAUGUAGCAGGAACUGUUGGUCUAAUGAGCGUUCCAGUAAUGGGAAUUGCACCAGAGUCCUCUGUUUCUGCUCAUAGUAUAUACAACGCAGCACUCUACUUGGGCAUUGGAAAUCAGUUGACGAACAUUCUUCGAGAUGUAGGAGAAGAUGCGUUGAGAGGCAGAGUUUAUCUUCCUCAAGAUGAGCUCGCACAGUUUGGUUUAUGCGACAAGGAUGUGCUGUCCAAGAAGGUAACUGAUGCCUGGAGAGAGUUCAUGAAAGAGCAAAUUACAAGGGCAAGGUUCUUUUUCAAUCUAGCUGAGGAGGGAGCUUCACAGCUUGACAAGGCUAGCCGCUGGCCGGUAUACACCUUAACAACAGUUUGGUCAUCCUUGCUAUUGUAUCGAAAGAUCCUGGAUGCGAUUGAGGAUAACAAUUAUGAUAACUUGACAAAACGAGCAUAUGUUGGAAGGACUAAGAAACUUCUGACGUUACCCUUAGCCUACACUAGAGCCUUAUCAAAACCUGGUUUGAGCUCUCGCUGACAAGCAAUUUCAGCAUGAUUGUUAAAUAUGUUUGAUAGAGCAUAUGUAAGAAACUAUACACAAAUAUGACUUUUGUGGUGGCCUUGCAUAUAUGCCAUUUUAUUAACUACAUAUAAGAAAAAGGAAGAGAAAAAGAACUA